ACUGGCGCGAACCGGCCUGCGUGAUCACUACAAUCGCAAUACCAAGCGAUACUCUGAAAACAUCAACUGUCAUUUGAACGUACUGCCAAAUUCAUCGCGUUCUCGCCCCAAUAUAAAUCACAAAAUCUCUCAAUAAAAAUGGCACGCCUGCCGGAUCUGUGCGAAAAAUAUUUCGGUCACCGUGAUUUUUACGAUGUGUUGAAAAUACCAAAGAAUGCAAACGAAAAGCAAGUAAAAAAAGCGUAUCACAAACUAUCGCUGCUUGUCCAUCCUGACCGAGUAGAGGAGAGUAUAAAAAUUGAAGCAACUGAAAAAUUCAAGGUUCUUGGUAGAAUUCAUUCGAUUCUCAGUGACACAGAGAAACGAAAAAUAUAUGAUGAAUCUGGUCAAUAUGACGAAGAAAGCGACGAAGUUGUCAUGCGCAACUGGUCCGACUACUGGAGAACACUUUUCAAAGAAAUCACUGUUGAGGAUAUCAACAACUAUGAAAAAAAUUACAAAGGCUCUGAAACUGAGAUCAAAGAUCUCAAAAGAGCUUAUAUGGAUGGCAAAGGUGACAUGGACUACAUAUUAGAAGCAGUACCCUUUACCAAUUGCGAGGAAGAACCAAGAUUACAUGCAAUAAUUCAAAAGCUCAUAGAACAGAAGGAAGUACCGGAAUACAAACUUUUCACAAUGGAGGAUGCGAAAAAGAAACAGCGCAGGAAGCGCAAGUGGGCCAAAGAAGCAGAGGAGGCAGAGAGACUAGAAAAAAUGAUGAAAAUCGAGAACGAGGAAAACGCAGCGAAGAAUGACCUUGCACUGGCAAUACAGAGUCGCAACCGAGCACGGGCUGAUCAAGCUGAAAACUUCUUCGAUUCGUUGAUCGAUAAAUACGCGAAAAAAGCUGAAAAGAAAUCGACAAAAAAGACCCCUGGGAGCGCAAAAAAAACCAAAAAGAAGACGCACAAUUGAGACGAAAAAAAAACAUCGUUCUGUCGCACACGAAAAUAUCACGCAUCCGCAGACGCCUCAUAACAAAUUUAUUCGAUUCAUCUGAUUUUUAUUUCUUUUUCUAUCGUAUACAAUCGUAACAUAAUCCUUCGUUUAUCGUAAACGUAAUUUCUAUAAAUAAAUCAUUGUGUUUAGAUUUUCUAA